AUGGGUGGGAAAUGGCUUUCUGCGAGUGUUCUUGUUCUAUGCAUUGUUCUUCAGUUGAGUGUGAUUGCUGUUGAUGGUGAUCAGAAGCUUGACCAAGCGAGGUUUGGAGAUGAUUGUCGAUUUGGUGGUGGGCCACGGUGUAGGGGUUGGAUGGGCCGUCGUGGGCCUCGUGGUCGUGGUGGGUUUGGUGGUGGAUCAGGUUUUGGUGGCGGGGGAGGUCUUGGAGGUGGUGGCGGUGUUGGCGGCGGUGGCGGUGGCGGCUUUGGAGGUGGAGGAGGAGGUGGUGUUGGAGGUGGAGCUGGUCAUGGCGGAGGUUUUGGUGCUGGGGGAGGUGUAGGCGGUGGAGUUGGAGGAGGCAUUGGUGGUGGUGGAGGAGGAGGUGCUGGUGGUGGUGGAGGAGGUGGAUUGGGUGGUGGGUCGGGACAUGGUGGAGGGUUUGGUGCUGGUGGUGGUGUUGGUGGAGGAAUAGGUGGUGGAGCAGGUGGUGGGGGCGGCGGAGGAGGAGGAGGUGGUGGUGGUGGAUUGGGUGGUGGCUCGGGACAUGGUGGAGGCAUAGGCGGUGGGGCAGGUGGUGGUGGUGGUUUGGGUGGAGGUUCAGGACAUGGAGGAGGAUUUGGAGCUGGUGGUGGUGUAGGAGGUGGUGUUGGUGGAGGAGGUGGAGGUUCAGGACAUGGAGGAGGAUUUGGAGCUGGUGGUGGUGUAGGAGGUGGUGUUGGUGGAGGAGGUGGAGGAGGAGGAGGAGGAGGUGGUGGUGGUGGUGGUGGGGGAGGAAUAGGUGGAGGUUCAGGACAUGGCGGGGGCUUUGGGGCAGGUGGGGGUGUAGGAGGUGGAGCUGGUGGAGGAGUUGGUGGAGGAGGGGGAGCGGGAGGUGGUGGCGGCGGUGGAAUGGGUGGAGGUGCAGGUCAUGGAGGAGGCUUUGGUGCAGGUGGUGGUGUUGGAAGUGGAGGUGGAGCAGGUAUAGGUGGUGGUCGUGGUGGAGGGAUCGGUAUUGGAAUCGGCAUUGGAGUUGGAGUUGGGGUUGGAGCCGGAGCUGGACAAGGAUCCGGUACGGGUACGGGUACAGGUGUUGGUGGAGGAGGUGGGGGUAAAUAA